AUGGGACGCAUAGCAGAUUUCCUAGGCGCCCCACAGUCCUCUGUUCGACGCAGGCCAAACCAGGUCAUAAUCCAAGGACAAGCGCCUGACGAAAGGGUCAUGGGGGCAAGAUUGGAACAACAGCCAAUUCGACGGGAAGUCCCUGAAGAACAACCCAGGAGAGUAAUAAUGGUUAAUAGAAACCAGAAUGCAAACGAAGUAAUUCAUAGGGUUAGGCGGGAAAACAUGAUGGAAAAUGACUUAACUACUAUGAUAGAGAGAAUCAUGCCCCAGAAUGGUCUGAAUACAGAACUUCGACGGACAAAUUAUUCCUCUCCUUUAUCAGAAUACGUCCUACAAACUGAAUUAUCAAGGGGUUGUAAAAUCCCUAAGUUCACCAAAUUCUCAGGGGACACUAGUGAAUCCACUAUAGAACACAUAGCCAAAUACAUGACUGAGGCAGGGGAUUUGGCGAACAGAUUGGUCGAAAUGGCCGCUAGAGGUUUAAACUACUCCAUCAGGAAAAAGUUAGAUACCCAGUAUCUAAGAGAUAUGGCCCAAUUAGCAGACAGGGUUCGACAGGUUGAACGCUUAAAAGCUGAAAAGGCCAGAGCGAAUAAGAAUUAUAAGAAAGAGAGGGUUGCUUAUGUCGAAUUCGAAGAUGGGGAGUCUGAAAUAUCUAAUGACCCUUAUGGUCUUGAGGAAUUCGAAGUAGAUUUGGCUUAA